AUGGCCACAGAUCGGUUGCGGUGGGUCGCCUCUAAGUACGGGGUUGAAGUCUUCGGUGCUCGCCGGUCGCCGGCCAACUGGGAGAACGGCGAGCCCACUCAAGAGAGCAUGUUGGGUCAAUCGGACGUAAGAUGGUCCAUUGGUAUUGGGCCAACGCAGCUUGGCUUACACAAAUAUCUGGGGUAG